AUGAAGAGCCAAGAGAGAAGGAGCUCCAACGACUCAAGUGUGAAAAGCAAAAGUGGUGGCAGCUUUGGGGGAAGUAGUUGGAAUAACAACGGAGAAGCGAAUAGCAGCCGUGCGGAAAGCCUCACUAGGAGGAAGAGCGAAAAGGCCAGCGAAAAGAAUACCGAGCAGGGCAAAAGUAAAAGCUCCUCCUCCUCCAACACUAGAUCGAAAAUGGACAGCUCCAAAAUGGAAAACUUCAAAACGAACGAUAAAAAAGAAGACCUUAAAAAUGUGAAAAGUCUUAAAAGCAACGCGAGCGAUUCGUUGAAGCACAAGGGAUCCAACUCGAGGGAAAGCGUCAAAUCGAAUAGGAGCAAAAGUGAAAAGGCAGGAACCGCAGAGGAUAGUAAAAAGGAUAAGUCCUCCCACUCCAACGGUGACAAAAAGAAAAAGGAUCCCCCAAACGAUAAGAACGACGUUAAAGUAAACAAUAAGUUAAUUUCUAAGAAUGGCAAGUCCAAAAAUGUGAACGGGAAGGGUAACAGUAACAAUGGCUCUUCCACCAACCAUAGUAACAGCAGCGCUAAGGGAGGUGGUGAUGAGAAGGGCACCCCGUCAAAGGGUCUCCCAUCGAAGGGUUCCUCCUCGAAAAACACGCCUUCGAAGAACACACCUUCGAAGAGUUCUUCAGCGAAGAGCACCCCGUCGAAAAGUGGCUCCUCCAAAAGUGGCCCGUCCAAGAAUGCCAGUCAGGAAAGCCUAAACAGCGAGAAUGUUAAGAAGGAAAGGAAAGGUUCGACAGCAUCAAGCAGCAAAGAGGUGGGUGAAUUAAUGAGUAGCCACACGGCUAGUUCGAAAGAGGAGAACUCCAGGGCGAGUAGAAGCGCCUCCAAGGCGGAGAAAAAAGUUAAAUCGGAAAAGUCUCAAAAGACAGACAGGGAGAAGAGCAUCAAGAGCAUCAGCGAAAGCGAGAAUGAGGCACCUAAGCAGAAAAACUCGAAGAAGAAAAGUGGUGCAGCUAGUAAGGAAAAGGACGCCGUGAAGAAUAACCCCUCCAAAAGGAGCAAAUCGGAAGCAGAAGAAAAGGCAAACAAAAAGGAUGUCUCGAAGAAGGGUUCCGCAGAGGAGAAGAAAAAGAAGAACAACAGUAAGAGCAGCUCGAAGAAGGAUCGUCGGGCAGAUUCCAAAUCGAAGUCUAGUAAGAGCAACAGUAAGAGCAAAGGUGGGAAGUAUAGCGAAGAAGAGGAGGUUGACACCGAGGAGGAAGAUGUGGAAGUGGAUGAAACGGAGAAUGAUGAUGAGGAGGAGGAGGAAGAAGAAAGUGAAGUUGAUGAAACGGAAAAUGACGACGACGAGGAAGAUGAGGACGAUGAUGAAGAGGAAGAAGAAGAAGAAGACGAUGACAAUAAUGAUGAUGAUGACGAUGAGGAGGAGGAUGACCCGAAGAAACGGUCAUCCAAGCAGGCCACCAAGGACAGCGUAACGAAGAAGAAGAAGAAAAAGAGAACCUCCUUCAGUCUGAAAAAAAAGAAGCGGAAUCGCAAAGGAAGCCAGCAAGAUGGCAACAAAAAUGGCGGCAAAAACGUCAACAAGAGUAUUAGCAAAAAUAGCAGCAAGAGUAAGAAGACCGUGAAGGAGGAAAAGAAAAAGAACAGCAAUAAAAAUAACAAUAAAAAGGAGAAGAACAAGAAAAGCGUGAAAAGCGAAAACGCUUCGGAAGAAGAUGAAGAAGAAGAGGAGGAGGAGGAAGAGAACCCCUACUUUGACGAUAAGGACUAUACGGUGGACGCCAGGAGAAGUGUCCUAGAGGAAAGGGAAAGGAAAAGAAAUUUAAAGGAAAGUUACAUUAAGCAGAUGAAAGUACCGACCUAUGCAGAUGAUGAGUCUAUCCUCUUCGUUAACAACCCCAACUACGUGAUGGUGUUGCUCUUCCUAACGGUGUAUAAAGAUGUGCUGAAAAUGAGUUGGAAUUUCAAAGACAUCGACGAAAUGUUCCAGAAUAAGGAGACCACAGAAUUUGGCAGGAACUUUAUCCUAAAAUUAUUUUUCUUCCUAGGAAGGUAUUUUAACUCUAAGUCGAUAUUUAUGUAUAGGUAUAUUUCUCGUAUUUUUGAGGAUAAGCAGGCGUCCUUAGUGAGGGUGGUAAAUUUCAAUGAGCUUUUUCCCGUGAUGGAGACUAGAAGGGACAGGAGGAGCAAGUCGGGUGGUGGUGGCACCACUGGUGGGGGGAGCAGUUCCAAGAAGAAGAGGAAGAAUGAUAAGAAGAGAAAGACAGUCAAGGCCGAGGAGGACGUGAAGGCGGACGAGCUGUUUGAGGAGGAGAUCAUUGAAAACGAUGACGUGAAUGAGGAUGCGAAUGAUGAGGUGAACGAUGAGGUGAAUGAGUUCGACGAGGAGGAGCCUGAUGACGGAGAUGAUGAAAAUGAAAGUGAGAACGAAGUGGACGAAAUGAUCGACGGGGAGGAAGUGGAAGACCCCCCUUUAAAUGAAGCGAAUCAGACGCAUGGUAAAUCUAGCAGCAGCGGCAAAGCAGAUCACUCAUCAGGCAAACUGGUAAACCAGGAGGAGAAGUCCAACACGGGUGAUAGGAACCCCCAAAUGGAUGGAUCCCCGUUGGGAGUCACAAAGGAUGCUGCCAAGAGGGAAGACGCCGACGGAUUGGCCACGCAGCACGGGGUUACCACGGCAGGGACUACAAUUACUGCUGGUAGUGGUAACGAUAUCGGUGCUGCAGCAAAUGAUGAAACAGCGAAUAAUCCAAAUGGGGACCACCUCCCCGACGGAGUGAAGAACGAAGAACUGCAGGAAAACAAGCGAUUGAGCAAAAAAUUAUUUCUCGAAUGGGACGACCUGAGUGUGAUCUCCAAAUUGAGGAUAAUAAGAAUGCUGCUAAAUUUAGUUCUGUGCGAAAGUAACAACUUAAAAAAAAUGCUAAUGGAGGAGAAGGUAGACUACAACAGUGGAUACCUAGGGAGAGUGAAUAAGGAGAAAUAUUGGCUCAUCCUGAAUGACACCAUAAACAUAGAAUUUAAGUUGUAUGUGGAAAAGGAGGAGGAAGGGACUUUUGAAUUUCUGUGUGAUAAUGACGACGUGUUGUAUAGUAUUGGAUAUAACCUUAUGAAGGACACAGAGACGAAAACCAUGGGGGAAACCAUCAUAGAAAGGUAUAAUAAAAUAUGCAGAGAGAGGAGAAAUAGAAGUAGAAUUCUAAAACAGCAGAAGAAACUUUGUUCUGACUUUAACCUGAAUGGUGGUUCGUUGGUCAUUUCGAAGAAGAGACAACAUAAGCAGGUGGAGCACUUCAACUUUGACAACGAUAAAAUGAGAAGGAAAAAGAAUGACGGUGGUGGUAUGUACGGUGUGGGGGGUAGUAACUAUGGUAGUGGUAUGAGUGCGAACAAUCCGUAUGCUUUGCAGAAAAAUAACUACCAGAAGAAUGAUAGGUCGUUUAGGUUGGCGGCGAGGAAUGCACAAAAGGGGAACGGACUUGUAGGCGAAUUGUUAGAUGGAAUUGCAAAUCAGGAAUAUCUACAGGGGGGAGGUACCGUUGUUAGUGUGGAAGGCCUUAUUGGUAAGGGGGGAGUUGCCGACGGUGCUAUCAUGAACAGUGUUGGUGGUACUGCCGUAGGGGGGGCAACUGGUACGCUUACCCAUUUACAGGGUGUUAACGCAGGUGCAUUGGGUGCAGGAGGUGUUGUGGUGAAAGUGCCUCAGAAGAGAGGACGGAAGAAAAAAUCGGAGAAAAAAAAAAGAGGACGCAAGAAGAAGAUUCUGACAGAAGGGGGAGCACUAAUAGGGGGAGAGGGGGCACCCCUCAGUGGAUUGGUUGUCGAUCCAAAUAAUCCCCUUGCUGCAGUAACCCAGGUGAAGGAAACGAAGAAAGGAACUGGCACGUCCACCAGGGGGAGAAAAACGCCCUACAGUAAGAGGAACACCAAACCAGCCGUUUCCAUUAAGUACGGAACAAGAAGUCAUUCCAUAAGUAAGAAUAGAAAUGAUGCAAGUCAUUAUGGCGAGUUUUCUCUAACCCAUGGGGUAAAUACUGAACCGCUCUACAAGAAUGGAAAUUUAGAUGCAAAAUAUUUUAACCCUAAUAUGCACGUCAAUAAUUUUAUGGCGCCCAACAUGAAUAGUCCCUACGGUAUGCAGACUAAUAUGCUUAACAUGAGGGGCAACAAAAUGGAAGGUCCACCAGGAAGCUACAACUUCCCUUACAUGUAUAACCCACAGAUGUAUGGACAAUAUUACAUGUAUAAUGGAAGUAUGUAUAUGUUAAACAACGCCGGUGGAGGGAUGUUCAGUCAGAGUGGUGGUUCGCCAGGGGGUGGUGGUGGCACAGGGAAGGAGAUCAAGGGUGAGGGCGCUUUCAUGUCGAAGGGGGCGGUUUCCUCGGGAAACGGCACAACGGUAGGCAACGCAAACACCCUGAAGAACAGCAGCAUGGGUCCCGGUGGCGGAAGCAAAAGCGCUAUGAGUGGCAAUGAAGGGGAAGGUGAAGGAUCCAGUGAGAUGAGCGGCCAGAUGAACAUGAUGAACUCGGUAGGCGGAGCAGACGGUAUGGGUGGCGGCCUGAAUUACAUGGACCCCAUUAACAAGUACCAACCAUAUGUGCUAAACAGAAACGCAAUGAGUAACAUGCCCUCCAACCCUAUGUAUAACAACCUCUACAACUUAAAGUUCCCCUACCUGAACAACGACCUGAUGAACUACAAUUUCAAUAUGAGCAAUUUCCAAAAUAUGAACUACGAAAAGAUGGGUAAGGUAGGAGGAGGAGGGGGACCAGGACAACCGACGGGACAGUCAACUGGACAACCAACUGGACAACCAGGGGGAGGACCACAAACAGCAACAGGAGGGAUGUUCAAGAGGUAUCCCAAUUUCAUGGGCGGAGCUUUCCCACCCCCCUACAAUAACAUGAACAAUCCUUAUGCAAAUUUUAACGCGUAUAAUAUGGGUUACCAGAGGAAUGAGGGCUACGGUUCGAUGCCUGCAGGGGGGGCCGGAACGGGAGCAUCCACCUCAGGGGGAACCACCCCAGGGGCAGGCUCCUUUAAGAGCAAGUUGGUGGAUAUGAACAUGAGUGGUGAGGGUAGUAGCGGGGUGGGAGGUGUAAGCGGUUACCACAUGACCAAUGUGAAAAGCAGAAUUGGUAACAGUGCCAUGCAUGGUGCGGCUCCAACUCAGGAGAAGCCGGCACCGUUGGGUGAAGCAAACCAGAAGGAAGAAACACAUCGAAUCGAGAACCUAAUGAGCUACAUGAUGAUGCAGCAGGGAGGUAACGCAGAUGCACCUCAUGGUGGCAAUGGAAAGAAUAGCAGUUCGAUGACUAACGUGGAAAACAGUGCUGUUCAGAAUGGCCCCAACGGUUGA